UGCCAGUCCCUGGUACUCAGUGUUUUUGUUUGUGUCGUGUUUUGCUAUUGAAAAAUAAAAAUUGCAACUAAAAGUGUUGGCGGCAAGUGAAAUGGAACUGCCGAAAGAGCUUUCGAUUGCGGAGAUACGCAAUUACAUGCUGGUGAACGAGUGCAAGGUGACGAAUCACGCGCUGGUGAAGCAUUUCAAGAAGUUUCUCACGCAUCCACAGACCCAAAAUGAGGCGCGCAGGCGAUUCAAGACCUACGUGACGCUGCUGUCGACCAUCAAGAAUGAAAACAAUCAAAAGUUUCUAAUUCUGCGCAAGAAGUACCUGAAUGAGUGCCCCACCGACGAGGUGGUGGAGCGGGCCGUGGCCGCCGCCAACAAUGGCCCCGAACCCUCCAGUCCAGGCGGUGGCUCCAUCACAUUCGACGGCGGCAGUCUCGCCUCACCGAUGCGCCAGCCACCGCCGUACAAGCCACCGCCCAUGGUAACAUCGCCGCCUGCCGGCGUCGCCGUGCACAAGGGACAGCAGGACAACUAUCGGGAGUGUGUGGACGAGUUUACGGCGGCCAUACAACGCAUUGAUCCAGCACGUCUGGAGCGGCAGCCUGACACCAAAACGGAAGAUGAUGCACCGCCAGCUGUCAGUGGAUCCGUGUCGCGUUCCAAUUCCGUGGAUGAGACCGGCAACAAGGAGAACAUACCCAGAUUCUCCUUCUCGUCGGGCGCCUCCACAGACAGCUCCGCCGCUGAGAAAGUCUCCAGCAAUGAGGCGGACGCAGCGGAGAAUCCCAUGAGCGUGAAGGAGGCUACGCGCAAGUUCAACCGGAUGGCAUCCGAGGAGGAGGCCAAGAUCAUUUCGCCGCCAGCCAAGAAAAAGCCAGAGAAGCAAUUAAUUGAGGAGAAGGAUUCGCCCGAAGUCACACUGGCACAUCCCAAGGCAAAGGAGUGGAUCGUCUCGAUGGCGAAGGCUAAUUACCAAGAGCUGGCCAAGCUGGCCAGCGAAUAUCCCGAACUGGUGAAGCUGCAGGACCCAGCAACGACUGCAUUACACUGGGCGGCCAAGCAUGGGAAUGAAGAUGUUGUUAAACUAAUUGCUGGUACCUAUAAAGCGGAUGUAAACGCCAAGACGAAUGGGGGCUACACACCGCUGCAUUUGGCAACUCAGUUUGGACGGGAUAAUAUCUUUGAAUUGCUAUGGAAUGUCUACAAGGCCAAUCGCGACAUUAUGGAUUGGAGUGGUAACAAGCCCCUGGACUAUAGCCGCCAGCGACCAAGUGUGUCGGCAUCCACGUGCAGCAAAAUCAAAGCACGAAAAAAGCAUACAAUCGAAAAAGACUUGGGAUUCCUGCGGAUUGGUUCACUGAAUGUCCGGGUAAAGAAGACAACAGAAGCAUUCAGCAAUUUCUUGGGAGUGGGCAAUGGCAGUGGGGUAGCUCCGACGGGAUAUGGCAGUGGCGGGGCGGCCACCACAGCAAAUCGCCCUCACCAGCGAUCUCACCGACACCCUCAUCAGCGUCAUCAUCACCACGUUGGUACGACACGGAAUCGACAUCCGAAUCAGAGAGCAACGACCACACCGUACGGCACGAACUCGAAUCCGGGCUCGAGGGCGAGUGUUCCAAAUAACCGAAACAUCUACGAUGUUGUUCACAAAUCAUGGGGCUCUGCUGACAAUAUAACACAACGUACUGAAGAUCUAAUGCCGCCACCGAAAUCAGUAGAAACCAAGCGAAAUAAGUCCUCGAAGAGAUCAUCGUUUGCGUCCAAUGCAACGAAUUCACCUCGGGACUCCAUUUGCUCAUCCAACUCAAGCUCGAAUCUAAACGGCGGCUACAGCAGCAUGCCCACCACUCCCAAUCAGGUUCGUGCUCCCAAAGGAAUGGAUCCGUCCUUCACAGCAGAUUCCGAUUCAGAUUCUGCCUGUGGAUUCGAUUCAAGUUGGUCUGUUAGCCAUCUAGCUGCCAUGAGCAACAAUCCAUCACAAUCAUAAAUACGUAGCUAAGAUGUCUAAGCUUACAAUUUAUAAACUUGUACAAUUAAUACAAAAUUGACGAUAAAAUCAAUAAACUUAUCCAUUAUCCAUUUUA